AUCCGGCUUUGGAACACCGCGAACUGCGUGCUGUCCCCGUCCCACGUGCGUUUGAAAAAGGAAAGGGAGCUCUAGCCAAGGUUUUGCCUCCCAACUGCAUCUAUCCCAAGAUCUAUGCUAAUUCCUUCCCAGAAGGCAAUUCAUGGCUGGAAGAGGCGGCAGAGGAAGGGGCCGGGGUGGUCACAUGACCUUCAAUGUUGAAGCUGUGGGCAUUGGAAAGGGUGAGGCCUUGCCCCCGCCCACUCUGCAGCCCUCUCCACUGUUUCCUCCCUUGGAAUAUAAACCAGUUCCCUUACAAACUGGUGAAGAGGUAGAAUAUAUGUUGGCCCUGAAGCAAGAACUGAGGGGCGCUAUGAAGAACCUGCCAUACUUCAUCAAACCGUCUGCUCCUAAGAAAGAUGUGGAGCGUUACUCUGACAAAUACCAGAUGUCUGGCCCUAUCGAUAACGCUAUUGAAUGGAGUCCAGACUGGAAACGGUUGCCUCAAGAAUUAAAAAUCCGAGUGCGGAAGAUUCGAAAGCAGAGAGUGACCAUCCUUCCCCCCAAGCGCAAAAGUCAGCUGCCAGUAGACAAGGAGGAAGCCAUCAAGAAACUGGAGACUCUGGAAAAAAAGGAGGAGGAGGUAACCUCUGAAGAGGAGGAGGAGAAAGAAGAGGGGGAGGAAGGGAAGGAGGAGGAAGAGGAAGAAUACGACGAGGAGGAAUAUGAAGAGGAGACAGAUUAUAUCAUGUCCUACUUCGAUAAUGGCGAAGAUUUUGGCGGUGAUAGUGACGACAACAUGGAUGAGGCCAUAUACUGAACAGUGACAGUGCCGUGGAGCUGCGGGUGCGAGCCUUUUCUGUCACACAACCCAAAUGACUCCUCUCCUGUUGAUCUUUUCUGUCACCUCUGGGAGGUUCCCAGAUGAUCCUCCUGACUUGGUUUUGGGGAUGUGGGAGUGUUUCUUUUGUCUCCACUGAAUUCCUUGGCCAGGAUUUUCCUUGACCUCCUGUUGCCUGUUUGGCCUCCAGAUGGUGCCAUUGAUCCAUUGUCCUGUCAGCCAUUUGUGUGGAUCACACAACUGGGCCAGCGCCCAUCAAAAUAACCAGCAUACAAGAGUUGUAUCUCUAUCUUCUCCCUCUUGCCUUGUGUCGGAGAAAGCAGAUUGGAUCAAGUAGAAAUCCUGGUUUUCUUUCACUGCCGCCUUUUGGAAUAGAAGAGAACAUCUCUCAAAAGAAAACAGCAACCUUCCAGAAACCAGCAGACGCUAACAUUGAGGGUAUACAUAUUCAAAUAUGUAUUUCAUUGGGGAGCCAAGGAAACAUUUCUUGAUAUUUAAUUUGCAACAAAACCUCUCACUUCAGCCUCUCUGGCUUGAAGUGCAGUGAUUUCUUAAGUCUGUUUUCUGCUAAUGUAAAAAGGGUGAGGGGUGCCAAGGAGAACAAAGGGUGUCCAUCUUUUUUAAAAAGACAGCAUUUUAAUGCCACAUUUUUAAAAACCAGGUAUCAUUCCCAUGUUUCAGUACUGUGAAUAUUGUGUGUGUUGGGAGGAGGGGGCGGUUACCAGCAUUUUUCAAGAAUUGGAAAGCAUCUCCCACAGUCCUCCGGGGUCCGUGACAGGAACCUUCACCUAAUACAUGUUUCUUGUGCUGUAAAUAAGUGGACCGUCCUAAUGUACAAAAACUGCUGUGAACGAGUGACCUUUAAUUUACAAUGGAUCUCUUUGGUGCUGCUGGACUCGAAUCUUGCUCUUUUUUAAAGAAGAUGCCUUGUUUUAGAACCUGGUGAGAGAAAGUAGGCUAAAGGAAAGCCUUUCUUAUUUAAAACAUUUUGAUUUUCCAAUAAAUAAAUAAAUAAAUUUGUCCAAAAUAGUUUAUGAGAAAAGAACCCUAAAAUAUGUUACAAUGUUAAAAUCAAUCUACCACAGUACAAAUAAAGCAGCAAUAGGAUAUAAACGAAGUAGAGACUUGGUUUUCUGCUUAUUUGCCCCACCACAACUGGGUGGUUUUUAUUUUCUUUGUUGUUACAAGACCCCCCCCCCCAAUGUAAAUGACAUCUUCGGUUUUAAAUUUUGCUUUGACGUUUGGUUAGCCUGCCAUUUUGCUACAUUCACACCUCAGCCAUUUUAGGCAUUCCGAGUGCCACAGUAGUAGAAUUCCUUUCCUUUUCAACUUAAAUUUUUAAUCCUGGUAGAUUUUUUAAUCCCUCCCCUUCUUCUAAGGAAAAUUUAGUGAGAUACAUGAUUUCCCUCUCCUCUGUUUUCUCUUUACCACAACCCUGCAAGGUAGGCUAGGCCCAAGAGAGAGUGAUUGGCUCAAGGCUACCCAGUGAGUAUUGUGGUUGAAUGGAGAUAUGACCCCCAGUUCCCCCAAACUUAAUGCAACACUCUGUCCCUUCACAUAUCACAUGGGCUUGUUGCUUUUGAAGCAAGUUAGGUGAUGGCCCUCUUUGUAUUUUCAACAGACUUGGCUGUGUGUGAAGUUUGAAUACUUGCCAAGCAUGGGGGGGGGGGGCUUGUAAAGGAACAAGAGCUCAGCACAGCAAGUAAAGAAAAGGCUUUUUUCCUGCUUUGCAGGGUGGGAGACCUUUUAUGCAUUUGUUGAAUUUCUGCCUGUUGCUCAAACACUCAAACAAACCCUGCCAAAGAGAAAAAAGGUAGUUACUAGUGUUUUCUCUGUGGGAAGUUGGAUUUCUUCCCUUAAAAUGACUUGAUAGUUGUCUUGAGCUCUUUUAUUGGCUCUGCGACUGCUUUUCAGCAGCAAGUGAAGUCUUUUCUGACAUUGAUCUUAAAUGACAGAGAUGCUUUAGCUGCUCAGAUGCUGUGCCUCCAGCUGCCACUAAAUGCAGAAGAGCAAGGCUGGUUUUAAAAGCAGGCAAUCCUAAAUUCCUGGUUGGAUAUUUUGAAGUGAAGUGAUAUUUUAAAUUGAGGUUUCCAGGAAACAAGAAUGAGAAAGAUAAACCUUGUCCUUUGGAUAUCAAACCGUCUGUUCAGAAAGUCUUUAUUCUUGAUGUUAGUGGCAAAGGACCUCUUUGUGAUUAAACAACGUUAAAGCAGAGGUAUUCUGCACAUUUUUAGAAACGCUCUCUAGCAGGGUUCCAAUGGAAACUGCCUACCAGAUAUUGUUUUGGGGGAAGAAUGCCUUUAGGAAGCUGGAACCUAAUUGGGCCGUAGUGUCAUUCUACAAGAAUCCACAACAUUCUUAAUGGAACCAGAUCAUCUGAAAAAAAAAACUGUGGUUAGGGGUCAUGAACUGAAUUGGGAAAGCAAGAGACAUGUCAGAUGGUUUCCCUUUUGGAUCUGUCUUCAUUUUGUCAGCAAUUUUUUAAAAAACGAUCCUUUUUUACUAAGUAUAUAUAGAGACUGAUUUGCAAUAAAGAUUUUUGUCUUCUUUC